AUGGACACUUUGAACGCCUUGCUGGACGGCGAGACGCGCACCAUCCAAAUCCUGGACUACCAACUAGACGUUCUCCGCAUGGCGUCGACCUCUGAGCGACAGCAAUGUAUCAUCACCUUGGUAGAUGAGUCUAUCGCAACAUGGACCAACACCGAUGAAACAAUCCAAUGGACUCGUUCCUUGAUGAGUGAUGAUGAAGUGGUAGAGCUGUAUAUUGUUUUAGGCUUCUAUUCUAUGAUUGCUCGCAUGACUAGGAGUCUGAAAGUUCAGAAGGACGCUCUCAUCGCGGACCAGAGCCAGGCUAUUGUGCAGAACGUAACCAAGAAUGCAGCCGGUAACUGCGAGGUUGGAAAGCUAGAAUUAGCAGAUGUAAACUAA